AUGAGAAAUGAGGAGUGCCUGGGCCUGUGUGACCCUCUCUCGUCCUCAAGCGGCUCUUCGCUUCCUUAUCCUGUUCGUGUUAUCAUAGAACAAACACCCAUUCCAUCUCUCUCUCUCAUGUUCGAAGUUAUAAAAAAGCUAAAACACUCAUCUCAACCUGACCAACAUGUCCUGUCUACUCCCUCACUUCAAGUGCCAGCCUGACUCUUUCUCUAUCUAUUUCAAAACUCACAACCCCGCCAACAAUAAAGACCCUAUCUUUUUCCGUACACAAUGUACUUUAUCCACAACGUUACCACCAACAUCAGCAGCAAGAACAACUGUGCUUGAGGAGAAGCUCAGCUUAUCUUCUUUAGAUGCUCAUUCAAAUUCCUUUGCUACAAAUAGACCAUGGACGUAUAUAGGAGCUGUUGGUCCACCCACAGAGGAAAAUUUUGGAGCGACUUUAGCUACAGAAACAUUUAUUACCAGUGAUGAGGCUGUAAUAGCUGCAGCAGCUGCUGAAGCAGUUGCUCUUGCACGAGCGGCCGUUAAGAUUGCUAAGGAUGCAGUCUUGAUGGUUAAAAAUUACAAUUCUGCAAGACCAAAUAUUAAAACUGUGAUCCCAUCACAACCUCAUACUUUCCCUUCUAAGUGGGCACAGCUUAUAGAAAGAGAACGAGCUAGUAUGGUAGGGGAUUCUAUGGCAAAUAAAACUGGAUUAGAAGGGGAUUAUUCAAUACAGCAAUUAAAAGAAUCUGAUGAUAUGGAUCCUUCAGAUGAGGAGCUCAAGCAUCUAGAAGAACAGCUUUCCCUGAGUAUAGCUGUGAGAUCAAUGCGCCAGACUGAAAGAAAAGCCAAAAGGACAAGGGCAGCUGAGAAGGCUGCUUCCAAUAUAGUAUCUGUGAGGUCAGGUACUAUGAGCAGGAAAACAUCUGCUUCUUUGCAUGACAGAGACUACUCUGAUCCAUUGCGUUAUUUAAGAGCAACUACCAGCAGUUCUAGGCUUCUCACUGCUAAUGAAGAAUUGGAGUUAUCUGAAGGAAUACAGGACUUGCUAAAAUUGGAAAGGCUCCAUGACGCGCUUAUAGAGCGAUGUGGUGGUAAGCCAACUUUUGCACAGUGGGCUGCAGCAGCAGGAGUUGAUCAGAAAGAACUGAGGAGGCACUUGAAUUACGGUACUCUUUGCAAGGACAAAAUGAUUAAAAGCAACAUACGGCUUGUUAUUUCAAUUGCCAAGAAUUAUCAGGGAGCCGGGAUGAGUCUCCAAGAUCUGGUUCAGGAAGGGUGUCGGGGCCUUGUGAGGGCUUCAGAGAAGUUUGAUGCUUCAAAGGGUUUCAAGUUCUCUACUUAUGCUCAUUGGUGGAUUAAACAGACAGUUCGCAAGUCACUUUCUGACCAAUCCAGGAUAAUUCGUUUACCUUUUCACAUGGUGGAGGCAACUUAUAGAGUGAAGGAAGCUAGAAAACAGUUGUAUAGGAAAAAUGGAAGACAGCCUGAUGAUGAAGAAAUUGCUGCGGCAACAGGGCUCUCAAUGAAGAAGCUCAACACUGUAUUACUCACUCCUAAAGCUCCAAGAUCUCUAGAACAGAAGAUUGGAAUCAACCAGAAUCUCAAACCAUCGGAAGUAAUCGCAGAUCCUGAGGCAGAGACAGGGGAGGAUCUACUAAUCAAGAAAUUUAUGAAGGAAGACCUAGAAAAGGUGUUGGGUUCUCUCAAUCCAAGGGAAAAGCAGGUUGUGAGAGGAAGGUUUGGGCUGGAUGAUGGGAGAGUGAAGACAUUGCAAGAAAUUGGGGAUUCUAUGGGUGUAAGCAGAGAGCGAAUCCGGCAAAUUGAGUUGGGGGCAUUCAGAAAGCUGAAGAAUAAGAAGAGAACCAAACAUCUGCAGCAGUAUUUGAUUUCAUAUAGUUCAUAAGAUCCAGGAUCUAGUCCUGAAGAGGUAUUUAAGGUGGGUUUACGGUGAAGCUUUGUCUUCCGAUUUAUGGUUCCAUUUCUUGCUUCGUUCCGCGACGGAAAUGUAACUUUUUUUUUCCCCCAUGCACUAGAGAUUGGAUGUGAAUAGAAACAGGAAAAUUUUCUCAUUUCUUGAUGUAUCAAAGCCAACUACUUGAAACAAAUACCUCACUAAUUCUGACA